GUGAAGGUGUUUGAGCGCGACUUUGCCAAUGGAUAUUUGUUUGGCGAGCUGCUUUACAAGCAUGGACUCUUGCAGAACUUCGAGGAGGAGUUCGUCGAUGAAGCCAACCUGGCUUCCAAGAGGCAGAAUUUCUCCAUGGUGCAGCGGGCACUCCGAGAAUCGGCCGAUGAGCUGGGCGUUAAGCUCACACAAGCUCAGGUGAACGAGAUCAUGGACGAAGAUCGAGGGUCUUCGCUGCGGAUGCUCUACCAGCUCCGGCGGGUACUCAGCACCAAGGCCAAGGGAGCCGUGCCCGUGGCUCAGGGCGCAGAUGGUCACGGCAAGCCACGUCUCCAGAAGCAGGUGAAAACCGAAGAAGAGGAGAACUUCUUCGAUCAGAGGGUCAAGACUCUCCGACCAAUUGAUCAGAGAUAUCCCUAUGAAGCCCACAACAAGGCCUUCGUGGACGAACACACUAGGCAGCUGCGAAGCGCCCGAGAACAGGAGUACCAGGAGCUGGUGGAGAGGAGUGCAAACGUGCAAGAGUUUAGACGUGCCCAGCACAAGAAAAUGGAAAGCAGCAAAGCUCAGAAGGAGCUCGCCAGAAGAGCUGGUGAGCAGCACUGGCAGGGCGUACAGGAGAAGAAGUACAACUUGCUGGAGAAGGAUCUGAACUUUGAGAAGGAAAUGAUACGAAGAGAUCAGCUGAGGAUAGCUACCAUUCGAGAAAACUACGCGCAAGACUGUGGCUUCAGGGAAGGGGAUGAGGACCAUGGCAUUGCUUGGUUUGAGAAGAACCUCCAGCGGAUUGGUAUUGACACGUCUGAGCAUUCCGGCACUGAUACCGCGACCAUCGAGGCUGCGACUCUCAAGGAGCUUCACGAGAAAAUGACUGAGAAGCUUCCUACAAAGGCCCGUCUGCAAAUCGAGUCUGCCAAGCGAAUGGAAAAGAUUCGAGACACCAAGCGGCAGACGGACAUUGCUCGCAAGGAAAGGGAGCGGCGACAGCGUCGGGUGCAAUACGAGCAAGCAGCCACUACAGUCCGCAUCUUGGCAAUUUGUUAUUCCACAGGUACAGUUUGA